AUGGUCGAUUUCAGACUUUCCGCGCAGCUUGUAGGCCACGAAGCCGACGUACGCGCCGCGGCCUUUGCCUCCCCCAACACUGUCAUCACCGCCUCGCGCGACUGCAGCGUCCGACUCUGGCGUCGUUCUCAAGGCGAAAAGGCCUCGUUCGACGGCUUCCUACUGAGUCGCGGCUCCGAAUACGUAAACACUGUUGCUUUCUAUCCGCCAAACGCUGAGCACCCCGAUGGCCUGGUCAUCUCGGGCGGCAAAGACACCAUCAUCGAAGUCAAGAGCCCCCGGCAGCAGCCGACCGACCACGCAGAGCGGCUGCUCAUCGGCCACGCCCACAAUGUCUGCGCGCUUGACGUUGCCUCCAACGGCAAGUUUCUAGUGUCAGGCGGCUGGGACGGCCAGGCGCGGGUCUGGAACCUGAGCAAAUGGGAUACCGAGCUGACGCUGAGCGGGCAUGACGGCAUGGCAGUGUGGGCCGUGCUUGCACUGGACGAGAAGACUGUGGUAACGGGCUGCGCCGACAAGAACAUUCGCGUGUUUGACCUGACCAAGGGUAAGGGUGGCGAGGUGGACGCUUCAACGACAAUAUACACGCCCGAUGUGGUGCGCGCAUUAUGCCGCCUGUCGCCGACACACCCGAGCGGCGCCGAUGUUGCGAGCGCGAGCAACGAUGGUACAAUCAGAUUGUGGAAGCUCAAUGGCCAGCAGAUUGGCGAGCUCCACGGCCACGAGAGCUUUGUCUAUUCGCUGGCCAGCCUGCCCACGGGCGAGCUGGUCAGCUCAGGAGAGGACCGCACAGUACGCGUAUGGAAGGGCCUCGAGUGCACGCAAACAAUUACGCAUCCUGCCAUUUCAGUCUGGACUGUGGCCGCCCACCCGGAGACUGGCGACAUUGUGUCUGGUGCCAGUGACGGUGUCGCCCGCGUCUUUACACGCACCCCCGCCCGUGUUGCCGACAAGGAAACGCUGAAAGAAUUCGAAGAGUCUGUCAAAGCAUCCUCGAUCCCCCAGCAGCAGGUAGGCGGCAUCAACAAAGAAAAGCUACCCGGGCCCGAAUUCUUGCAGUCCAAGUCGGGUACCAAAGAGGGCCAAGUACAGAUGAUCAAGGAAGACAAUGGCAACGUAACAGCGCACACCUGGUCGAUGAGCCAGCAGCAAUGGAUUAAUGUCGGCACAGUGGUGGAUGCGGUUGGCAGCACGGGCAAAAAGGUAGAAUAUCAAGGCAAGUCGUAUGACUAUGUGUUUGAUGUGGACAUUGAGGAUGGCAAGCCACCGCUGAAGCUGCCUUACAACCUUUCCGAAAACCCCUACGAACGAGCCACGAAAUUUUUGAAUGACAAUGAGCUGCCCCUUACGUAUCUGGACAAUGUGGCAAAUUUCAUUACGGAAAACACAAAGGGUGCCACGCUGGGCCAAACGGCGCAGAGUGGUGGUCCUGACCCGCACGGGACAGAGUCGAGAUACCGUCCAGGCGACGAUGCACAGCAACCUGCUCUAUUGCCGCAAAAGGAAUAUCUCAACAUUUCUGCCGCCAAAUAUGAGGUCAUUUUCAACAAAAUCUCGAGUGUCAACAAGACUAUGAUUUCUAGCGGCCGAAAAGACGCUGCUCUCAACCCUGGGGAGGAAUCGUCACUGCAUGCGAUCCGCACGGCUCUUGAAUCUUCCAGCUCCAUCCCCGCAGACGCUCUGCCGUCUCUUGUCAAAGUCAUCACGCAGUGGCCAUAUGGCGAUCGUCUUGCUGGUCUGGACCUGCUUCGAUGCGUGGCUCGCUUCCACACGGUCGCCAAAUACAAGGACGAUGCAUAUGGCAGUAUAGUGGACCUGGCCAUUACUGCGUCGCUUCCCAAUGGCGAGACUCCCAAUGAAAACGCAACAAUGAUGGGCGCACGCACGCUCGCUAACCUUUUUAGCACUGCCGACGGGCGCAGUCUAGCCAAUACGCGCGUGGACACGGUGCUGUCGUUCUUGGAGCGCGUGACGGGCAUCCAGGGCGGUGCCGUCAUUGGGCCGCACAACCGCAAUCUCCUGAUUGCCGCGACAACGGUGGCUAUAAACCUGUCGGUCUUGGUCAACAAGGAGAAGCUGCUGUCGCCCAAGGAGAAGAGGCGCCUGCUGCAGGUAAUUGGAGCGCUGCUCAAGGGACAGAGUGACUCGGAGGUGCUGUACCGCGGACUGGUUGCGUUGGGCACCGUGGCGGCUACGUCCAGGCAAGAUGCGACGGCCGUACCGGGCAUUAGCGGAUGGAUCAAUGAGGCAGCGGGCAAGGCGUCUGAGGAUCGGGUCAAGACGUUGGCGGUUGAGUGCAAGAAACUGGUUGCUUGA